AAAAACUGGUUCCAGUUCCAGCUCGUGCAGCGCGAGAACCAGUGCUAUCGACUAGAAAUGGCGUCUAAUCGAUUGCACUGGUUCAGUCUUUUCUUUUACGAAAAUUUCGUGUAGUAUUUACCAUUUAAAAGCGUUGUGAGUGUUUGUCAAUUGUGAGGACCACUGCUGGGUCCCACCGUUUCCAAGAGCGAACCGCAGCAGCCAACGUCCAAGUGUCCAGAUUGCGGAAAAGAUCGAAGAGGAGGAGGAGAAGCAGAGCGAGGAGCCGAGUGCAAAAACAACGGGCAGCAAGCAGCGACAAGAAAAUGCAUUUGUAACCCACACACUCUCCCGUCAACACACAUACACACCACACAGGCGCGGGCAGCAGCAAGGAUUGGCCAGGAGGAAACCGCCUCAUCAUCAGCAGCAGCCACACCAUCACCAUCUUCGCCAGGUGGAGCAGGGGCAAGAAGAGGCGGCGGAGGAGGAGGAGGAGCGGCGGCAGCAGCAGCAGUAGCAACAACAAAUGGCGCUGGUGACGGUGCAGCGCUCUCCCAGUGUGGCUGGCUCCUGCUCGAAUUCGGAUGGCGAGGCCGAGGACGACGAGGGCAAUAGCAAGGGCAACGCGGAGCGUAGUGAGUGCUUCUUCGCAGGCAAGGGCACCGCCCUGGUCCUGGCACUCAAGGACAUCCCGCCCCAGCAGCAUAGCGAACGGAGACUGAGCACGGACUCCACCCGCUCCAGCAACAGCACGCAGAGCAAUAACUCGGACAUCCAGCUUCAUCUGCAGUCCAUGUUCUUUCUGCUGCAGCGCGAGGACACGCUCAAGAUGGCUGUCAAGCUGGAGUCGCAGCGGUCCAACCGCACGCGCUACCUGGUGAUUGCCUCGAGGAGUUGCUGUCGUUCCUCCACCAGCGAACGAAGGCGCCACCGGAUCAUGCGUCACAACUCGGCCAAGGUCAGCGGAUCCACGUCCACGUCCUCCACGCAGCGUCAGCUGUCCGAGGAGCAGGCCCCGGCUCCAGCAGCCAGCAAAUGUGAUAGGUCAGCGGACAAGGAGAAUGCAACAGCGGCCAGCGACAACAACAAGAAUACCUCGGGCAUGGAGGAGUCCUGCCUGUUGGGCAUAGACUGCAACGAGCGGACAACCAUUGGGCUGGUUGUGCCCAUUCUAGCGGACACAACGAUCCACCUAGAUGGCGACGGUGGCUUCAGUGUCAACGUUUAUGAGAAGACGCAUAUCUUCAAGCCAGUUUCAGUGCAGGCCAUGUGGUCCGCGCUGCAGACGUUGCACAAAGUUUCGAAGAAGGCUCGUGAGAACAACUUCUAUGCCAGCGGCCCUUCUCACGAUUGGCUGUCCAGCUAUGAGAGUCGCAUCGAGUCGGAUCAAUCCUGUCUGAACGAGUGGAAUGCCAUGGACGCGCUAGAAAGCCGCCGACCCCCCUCGCCAGAUGCCAUACGAAACAAACCCCCCGAAAAGGAGGAGACCGAGAGUGUAAUCAAGAUGAAGCUAAAGGCCAUCAUGAUGUCAGUGGACCUGGACGAGGUCACCUCCAAGUAUAUACGCGGCCGCCUAGAGGAGAUCUUGGACAUGGACCUGGGCGAGUAUAAGUCGUUUAUAGACACCGAAAUGCUCGUUAUUCUUGGUCAAAUGGAUGCUCCUACUAAAAUCUUUGAGCACGUUUACCUGGGCUCAGAGUGGAACGCCAGCAACCUGGAGGAACUGCAAAAGAAUGGCGUUCGCCACAUCCUGAAUGUGACCCGGGAGAUUGACAAUUUCUUCCCAGGCACCUUCGAGUAUUUUAAUGUGCGCGUCUAUGACGACGAGAAGACCAACCUGCUCAAGUACUGGGACGACACGUUCCGCUACAUUUCGCGGGCCAAAGCCGAGGGCUCCAAGGUGCUAGUACACUGCAAGAUGGGCGUCAGCCGUUCCGCCUCUGUCGUGAUCGCCUACGCGAUGAAGGCCUACCAGUGGGAGUUCCAGCAGGCCCUGGAGCACGUGAAGAAACGACGCAGCUGCAUCAAACCGAACAAGAACUUCCUGAACCAACUGGAGACCUACAGCGGCAUGCUGGACGCCAUGAAGAACAAGGAGAAGCUGCAGCGCAGCAAGAGCGAGACAAACUUAAAGAGCACAAAGGACGCGCGCCUGCUGCCUGGCAGUGAGCCGACGCCCCUCAUUCAGGCGCUCAACCAGGCCAAGUCCAAAUCCACUGGCGAGGCCGGAGUGACGCCCGACGGGGAGGACGAGGAUCAACGAAUACACCGUCGAUCAAGUGCUCAAAAGUCACAGCGGCGAAUGGUCCGACGUUCCAGCAGCACCUCACCCAAGACCCAGACAGCGGUGGUCACCAAGCAGCAGAGCCAGUCCAUGGAAAACCUGACGCCCGAGCGCAGCGUGGCCGAGGAGCCAAAGAACAUGCGAUUCCCGGGCAGUAACGGUGAGAACUACAGCGUCACACAGAACCAGGUGCUGCACAUACAGAAGCACACGCCUCUGUCGGUGCGCACGCGGGUUCACGAUCUCGAGGCGCACACCUCGGACCAGCCGCCGGCACAAUCGCAGCCCGUCUGGACCUCGCUAACCAAGCUGAUUACGCAGACUUCCCACUUGGCAGGCAGUGGGAGUAGCAGUGCAGGUGGAAGCGGAAGUGGGGGCGUACCACCGCGUCGCGAUUCCAGCUCAUCGGAUGUGUUUUCCUCCCAGGUGGACAGCGUGUUUGCCAAGGAGGAAGUGGAGAAGCGUCAACGCCGCAAAACGCACUCAUGGACAGAGUCCUUCGGACCCAGUGGCGGCAUUGUCCUGGAUCCCACCCCUCAGCAACAGCAGCAGACCAGUUCCAUUCUGCUCCGACCACGAGGUCAACGGCAACGGGAGACACCUUUUAGGCAUGCCAGCUGGGGUUCUGGUGACAACAGAAGCAGCUUGCCACUGAGGACCAGCUCUUGCUCCUACUACGACAGCAAUCGCAACACCACGGCCAUCUUCGAGGGAGAGAUCCAGGAUUUGAAACGCGGCAGCAACUUCAAUGUCAACGACGGAGUAGCAGUGGUAGCGCCCACAGGGAUUGCAGCUGGCGAGGGCACCGUGAAGCGCACUAAGCAGAAGCUAGAGGAGAGCACGGCACUGAAAAAGCGAUGCCAGGAGGACAGCCAGGAGUUGCUACUCGAGGCGGUAGAUGGCCACCAGAAGCGGUGUCCAAGUCUGUACCGAAGCGCCUCCUCUGCGCACAGUCCCCGGCAGCGUCAGCCACUGCGCUGCAACAGCGAGGAGCUAAUGCACACCAGCGACAUUGAGAACAAGAAUACCACGCCCGGCGACCACGAGGUGGCGGUGGUGCUACGCGGUCAGGCUCAAGCGGUAGCAGAAGAUCAGCGCAUCUCGGGAAAUGUGCAAAUACUCAAGCAGAACUUUGAAGCCAAAGCAGGAGUGGUGGGUGGAGGAGGAGGCGUAGCAUCUGCUACUGCAUCCGGGAGCAGUUCGAUCCUGGUAGCAUCGGGUGGAGGCAGUGGCUCCGGAGUUAGUUCUGUGGGCUUGGGUAAAAAGACAACCAGCCACCAAUCACUGCCCUCGUCGCCGGUGGCCCAGCAUGCCAACCAUGUAACUGCCGCCUCAAACUCCAACUCCAACUCAUCCGCCUCCAACUCGUCCGAUUCCAGCGUAAGCGAAAAUUGUGAUCGUAAUGUAAAAGGUCUAGUGCAUAAAUAUCAAACCACAACUUCCUGCAGUAGCCAGGCGGCGGCUCCACCAACAGUCGCCGUUGCACCACUGCCGCCGCCCGCAGCCAGCAGCAAUGCGAGCCACAUGCUCAGCAGCAACACAAUUACCACCACCACCACCACCACUAGCUUCAAGCAACGCCCGCGCUCCUACUACGAUCGAUCUCUGUCGAACAGGUCAACGCACGACUACAGCGAGAAUCGCCCGCCUCCUGCCCCGGCUCGUCAUAUUCACAGUCAGCACAGCAGCAGCAAUAGCAACAGACAACAGCAACAGCCGGAGCAGCAGCAGCAGCAGCAACAGGUUCAGAUCCGUCGGCUAGCGCAGCACGGAAAAACGCAUCCGCUGAGCAGGCUAAGUGCCCCCAAAACGGGCUUCAACACCGCAGCCUACAACACCAUGUAAAGGCAACGCUCUGCUUAAGAACAUCCCAACUGCAACACCAGCAAUCCAUACCCCAUUAGCCACUAAGGAAACGUCGUCAUCGUCCUCAUCGUCCCCAUCCCUUCGCCCGCUUUACGUAUUUAUAUAUUUGCCUGCUUUUGUCCAUUUUGUGUUUCUGUCCAACAAUUAAACACCAUCAUCACUAAUCACCCCUUUCACGCCUUAUGUUUGUUGUUGUUUUGUAUGAGAGACGUCCAUGGAAGCUUCAAAAGAUCGGAUGCCGGGAGCAUAUUAGGGAGAGCAAACAAAACAACCUAUGGAAAAUAAACUGUAUUUGUACUUUUUAAUUACUUGUAACUGUAUACAUAUUUAUUUUAUAUUAUGCAAGAACUGCCUACGAAUAAACGAUUUAUUGUAUAUACGUCA